AUGGCUAAACGCAAGCGUAAACAAAACAACAAAUCCGAUCCCUGGGUGCCACCUAAGGAGACAGCUUCUGAAUAUUCUGCUGGGAACAGGGGGAAACGAGCGCGUGCUGCAUCUAAUAUUAGCUCCAGUACAGACUUGCAGUCGACCUCUUCCAGCCAGCACCCGCCUGAAGACUUGCCGCCUGACCUGCGCAGGUUCUGGUACUCACGAUACCGGCUGUUUUCACAGUUUGAUGAGGGCAUCGAGUUAAGCCCGGAGAUGUGGUACAGUGUGACUCCUGAAGCCAUUGCUCGAGUCAUUUCAGAUCAAAUUAAACAACGGUAUCCGAGAGCACAUGCCGUAUUUGAUGCAUUUGGUGGAGCUGCGGGUAACACGAUUCAGUUUGCACGAGACUUUACCAAGGUCCUUUACCUGGAUGUAAACGGCAACAACGUGGCCAUGGCUCGUCACAAUUACGGGGUAUACUGGCCCCGUGAGCGUCAGAAAGUGGUUGCAGGUGUUAGUAUUGAGUCCGAAUCAAAAGAAGAAAAAGGAGAAGAGGAAGACGAAAUAAAAAAAGCUCGUAGAGAAGCGUUGAACCGUGAAGAGUACAUUAAAAACGAACAUACCGAAUUUUACCAAGGUGAUUUCUUUACAUUUCAGUAUCCACCCGCAGAAACAGUGAUUACAGACAACAGGUUCACUCGCAACGACGUUAUUUUCUUAAGUCCACCGUGGGGCGGGACUUCUUACAGUAAGAGCAACGUGUGGGAUCUGGCGUCAUGCCAGCCAUAUUCCAUACAAAAGGUUGUGCGCCGUGCGCGUGAAGCGUUUUCCGACAACAUUGUGCUAUAUUUGCCUCGCAAUUCUAACUUAGACGAGAUUAUUAAUGACAAGGACUUGUUCCCGGAUUUGCCGAGUGGUGAAGUUGAUGACAGUGAUGAGGAAAAAGACAAAGAUUGCAAGUCUGUUGAGGAUUCUGAGGCCCCGUUACGCCCUCGGGUCCCGGCAUUAUACUUGAAUGAUAAUGGCAGGUGUCGAGCGUUGUUACUUUUCCUUGGUCCUGGGCUUGAGCCUCUGCGGCAUGACUUUUACAAGCCAUGA